AUGGACGGAGGGUUCGAACCUCAAUGGAAAAUGGUACAACAUGGUACAACUGAGGAACCUGGUGCUUCUAGUGGCUCGCGCAAAGUCAAAGCUUCACCCGGUGUUUUCCCAUCCGUCAUGGCAUUGCCUUCCUCCAGGCUGCUAGCAUCUCUGCCCCAAAGCGGACAGGGGAUCUUGGAACACCAGCAUGUGGUGAAGAAAGAGGAGGUUGGUGUGCUUCCUCCGAAGACCACCGUGGUUCAGCACCGUGGUUUCCCAGAUCAGAAGCGCGAACAAGAGGUGGAUUCCGCAGCUGCGGAGGACUUCCAGCAUUUGAUGCAGAAUUUGCAUUUGCCAGAUGCGCAUCGGCUGUACAGCUAUGGAGAGCGGCAGAUUGUGUUCUCAACUGUGGUGGCAGCACCGCAAGAGAAUGCAGGUGUGGUCAUUGUUCAAGACUAUGUGGGAUUCCCACAGCAGCCAGGGCAUCAGAUUGUACACAGCGACGAGGCAAUUCAGAAUGAUGCUUGGCAACGUCAAGGGCCCUUUCUUCCAAUCCGUGAUGGAACGUUCGGUUUGCCUUCGGCUGCUGAUUGGCGGCGCGUGGACUGGUCGCAGGCGGUUGACAUGCGCGGGGCACGGCAGCUAGCCGCCCAACGAGGAUAUCCACGAUGUCAAUCUGAUUUUCAUCGAUUGCACCGGUUGAGAAACUCCUGA